GUUACCUUGUUUGUUGAUAUUGAAAUCAUAUUGACUUAUGAGGAUAAAUUUCUGUUGCGAUCGAUUUAUAAUCUCGCACUUUGGGUUUAAAAUGCAGCUCUGCGUAUCAAACCAAAUGGCCCUGUGUUAAAGGUUCUGAAUGACAGACGGGUACCGUGAUGUCGACCUCCUUCCAAGUUCGCUUCUCGGGGACUGGCCAUGGUGGGAAAACGGGCCACACAAGACUCGUCAUCAAUAAAGAUGAUGAUGAAAAGACGUCCAGGAAUGAAGGCUGUACAAGCCAGUGCUUCCAUCGAUUUACCCAAUGGACGAGUGGCUGUCUCAGCCGUCUCUCCCGAGGAGCAUUGCGCUGUCCCAAGACUUGUGGCCAAUGGGUAUGGGGUAACCGGUGGAUCCAGUGGUUUGGAACCAAUGUUUUCACACUUAUCGGUGCCGCUGCUUUCAUGCUUUAUAUCGUUACCUACUUGGUCUGUCUUGGGAACUGGUUAGAAAUAAGGAACUACCAGCACCCUACCAAUGUCUCGAGCAAUGACACCCACCUGGUCCUGUGUAACCCGGAAGAGGCUCAAAUCAUGCUACCCUACAUGCUGAUCAACUUCAUGGUGUACGCCCUUCCUUGGGUAGCUAUCGUACACUGGCAGGAGUACGGCAAUGCGGAGAAGCUAAAAACCUGGGAAGCUAAGUUCAAGGAGUUAUGCCGAAAUUCCGUAGAUUUUCGAGAAGAGAUUCGCGACUCGCGCCAUUUCUCAAUGUGCUUGCAUUUCUUCGUAUGCUUCAUCUUGAGUGAAGUGAACGGCAGUCUUAAAUGUGCCACCUGUCAUGGACAGAAAGGGCUGAAAUGGACCAUAAGUUACUUCGCUCACAGCGUUGACUACGACCUGUACUUUUCGGGGUGUUUCUUCGUCCAACUUACGUAUUUUACAGCACUUUUCAUCCCGUAUAUUCUCUACUGCAAGUACGCCACGGACCUUAUGUACGCCAUCGACUGUCGAAUCUGGUACCUCCGCUAUGUGAAACAUGAGUGGUUCAGUAAAAAGACGUCACCUUGCGAGAUACUGCAGAACGUCAACCCCAACUUGAGAAAAGAUGGUUGGCAUGCAGAGAUUGGAAGCAUCGCAAGCUUCUUCAUGACAAUGAUGAUCUGUGUGGCGUACAUCCUUGUCGUUGUCUAUUGCCAUAUCUACUUCUCAGCGAACCCUCCACUGUUAGACUGGACCCACAAUGUCACCCAAGUUCUUCACAACGCCGCCAUGCCGAUUAUACCGUUCUUGUUCAUACUGUCGAGUGCUUCAAGGCAUCAAGAAGAAAACGAGAACAUAGUUUCUGAGGCUGCUUCUGCAUAUGCAGACGCACGACUACAAUCGCUUUGCCAGAUAGACAACUAUACUGAUGCAGCAAAAUACACCCUUAAACAGUGGAAGGAGAUUGUUAAAGUUCUGAAUGACUCUAAAGCUUACGUGGUUCACUCUAACUUACUGAGCAGUCAUGUGAGCUCUCGCUCGGCCAUGUAUCUAACUGUGUUAGCCACCACAGCAGCGGUAGUGUGGCAAAUCGUACAACACAUCAACGACUUUAAAGUCGAUCGAGGAAUUGACGACGGAUUCAUAGAGGUUUAUUUUGUGACCAUCACCUCUGUGAUCCUCGUUGUUGUUGUGUUUGUUGUAGCUUGUGGCACAGGAAAGGAGUUUACUUUCUCAUAUUGUAACCGACGGCAUUGUGGUGGAGUUUGUUCUCACAGAACGAGAACAACGUGCAUGAUCCAAUGGCUCUUUACACUGCUGUUGUCAGUUUUAACUACAGUAUUAUUGUUUAUACCUUGGUACGUUGUUUAUAAGGGUACUAAAUGUAGAGUAGGGGGACCGACUACCGCCAACCCACUGUAUAACGCAUAAAGUUUUUGCAUUUUUAU